CGUCAAUGCGUUCUGGACAUGCAGGCAUCGUGAUCUUCGCUCGUUCGGAUCCGGCUCCAAAGCUUGCGCGAGCUCGGAAUCGCUUAUCGCCCCCCGAUUUGCGCGAUCGGUUCCGUGUAUCCGGCCUCCGCCGUCGCGCGUCGGGUUGCGGGCGUUCGAUUUUCUCUCGGGAAGUCGGUCGAGCCGUGUCUCUCACGAUGGUCGAUAGGAAGCUGUUCAAGACGAAGCUGUGCGUCCUGUACCAAAGGGGUCACUGUAACAGGCAGAGUUGCUCGUUUGCGCACGGACAAGCGGAGCUCAGGCGAUUCGUCGGCGGGCCCACUACUGGUAGGAGGGACUACCGAGGUGGUGAUUUGAGGAAUAAAAUUGGCAGAAGGUAUUCUCCUCGGAGAAGGUAUUCCCCAGGAAAAGAUGCAAGAGCUCGCCAUGGGUUUCAUGGAUACAGCCCUUCAAGGUCCCCUGAGGAAAAUAGUGACAGAAAGCGCAGGAAGAAGCAGCAUUUGGAUGGUCAAAGUGACACUUCAGACCUCAAUCUUCCGGAAGGGGUUGAAGAUCGAGAAAGAGGAGGGAAAUCUACGUCGUCCCAAUCCAAGUAUGCCCUUCUGGAGCAGUUAAAGCAAGUAAGGUCAGAUAUCAGCAUGCUGAAGCACCACAAGAAUCAGCAAGCAAUGUACCUGGAAGAGCAACUUCAAGAGGCAGAUAGUCUAUCCUCUAAAAUUCAGGAGCUUGAAGAUCAGUUGCACAAAGAAAAGAAAGAGUGCAAAAGGAUCACAUCAAAGAUCAAGAAAUUCAUCAAAGCGCAUCAGCGAUAUUCACGAUCACAAGAUGAACUGAAAAGAUCAGAACUCCAACUUCACAAUCUGGGAGAUCAGCUUGGCAUGGAUGCUAUUGGUGUCGGAAACAAUGAAGAAGACUCGAGCGUCAACAUCGUCAGUGAUGGAGAGCCUACUGGGAAUUAUGUUGCUAGCCCAAAGAGUAGACUGAAGUAUUCACAGGGGAAAGCAUAUCCUCAAGUGAAUGAUGACAAAGAUGAAGAAGGAAUGGACAGAAGAAUGGUUCUAAGCAAGCUGAUGAAGGCAAGAGUAAGAGAGAGAAAACUGUAUCUUCUAGCAUUUCUUCAGCAGAUAAGGUUCUGCCUAAAGGACUGCUGACGGGGAUGACGUUACCACCAACUGGCAUGGCUGCUCAUGCUAUAGAUGAACUUGCUGAUAUUGAAGAGGAGAAUGUUGAGUUAGCCGAGCUUGCUUCAGCAGGAAAUGAGGUGGC